GACUUCAAUUCAGUUUGGCGAAGACAACGAACUCGAAAAGAGGUGCGCGGACGGCAGCGAAAAAGAGAGAGAACGUCUUAGAAAACGGUACGUGCGCGCAUGCGUGUGUCUGUGUGUGGCCAAAAGCGAGUGAGUGUGUGUGUGUGUGUGGGCCAAAAGUUUAGUGCAGCAACAGCAACAAUAUUACCAACACACGAGCAACAGGCCAGUCGAAGAGAAGAAGUUAAUGAAAGAAAUCAAAUACGAAAUUAAAUUUUGAAAUCAGUGGGCCACGCAGGCGAAUCCGCUGAAGAAAGGAAUUUGGCCAUAAUCUGUGCAGUGAAAAGUGUCUCAGUUCGGAAUUCCUCAGUUCUUUAUAAGCCUAGAAUCGGAAUAGGAGCAGCAAUAACCUGGCCAACUCUUUCACUCUCGGCUAUCUGUGGAAGACAAUAGAGCGAUUCGGUGGACUUUUCCUUUGUGCCAUCUCAUCGCCGUCAUCCGAUCGUCAGAAAGCAACGCCGAACAUUGGCCACUCCGCCUUAAGAUUGGGGGCUAGCAGCGACCGUGGGAGAUGUCUGCGAUGCGGCAUCGCCCGAUGGCCCCGCCGGGGCAAGGAGCCGGAGCGGGAACCGCCGGGGAGCACGGCGACAGCGAUGACAACAACUUCACCGACGACGAGAGCUCGCCGUUGACUCACGACAUCUAUGGCGGCAGCCAACGGACCAUACAGGAGACAAAGGGUUGGGAUGUGUUCCGGGAUCCGCCGAUCAAGAUUGAGACCGGAUCGACGGCGAACCAGGAGUGCUUAGAAUUAACCGUCAAGAUCUUGAAGAUCUUCGCCUAUAUCUUUACGUUUAUCGUAGUUUUAACCGGUGGCGUCAUCGCCAAGGGCACAAUGCUCUUCAUGACCUCGCAAGUGCGCAAGGACAAGAAGAUGGAGUACUGCAACAAAGACUUGGGUCGGGACAAGAGCUUCGUGGUGCGACUGCCCGAGGAGGAGCGAGUGGCCUGGAUCUGGGCCCUACUCAUAGCCUACGCCCUGCCCGAGAUCGGGGCCCUGAUCCGAUCCGCCCGCAUCUGCUUCUUCAAGACGUUCAAGGUGCCGCGGACGGGGCACUUCCUGUUCGUCUGGCUGAUGGAGAGUAUGAGUGCCGUGGGCAUGGCCCUGCUGAUGUUCGUGGUCUUGCCCCAGAUCGACGCCAUCCAGGGCGCCAUGCUGACCAACUGCCUGUGCGUGGUGCCGGGCAUCUUCGGCCUCCUGUCGCGGACCUCCAAGGAGGGCAAGCGGUUCGUGAAGGUGAUCAUCGACCUGGCGGCGGUGGCGGCUCAGGUGACGGGACUGGUGAUCUGGCCCCUGCUGGAGAACCGGCGGGAGCUGUGGGUCAUCCCGGUGGCCUGCGUGAUGAUCUCGUGCGGCUGGUGGGAGAACUACGUGUCGCCCCAGUCUCCGCUGGGCCUGGUCCGAGCGCUGGGGCGCAUCAAGGACGAGAUGAAGUACACCCGCUACUUCUGCCACAUAUUCCUAUCGAUCUGGAAGAUCCUGCUCUUCUUCACCGUCACCCUACUGAUCUACUCGGCGCAGGGCGAGGAGCCCGGCAACCUGUUCUCGAUGUACGGAGACGCCUUCGGACCCCACAAGAUCGUCGUCUACGAGCUGCCAGCGGGCCUGGGCGGAGUUCUGCCCGACACCCUGGAGGCGGCCAACAUCGACACCGUGGACGUGGAUGCCGCCUACAACACGGUGGUGUAUGUGCUGCUCCUGCAGAUAUUCGGCGCCUAUCUGUGCUACAUCUUCGGCAAGUUUGCCUGCAAGAUCCUCAUCCAGGGGUUCAGCUAUGCCUUCCCCGUCAGUCUAACUGUUCCGUUGUCCGUCACGUUCCUGAUCGCCGCCUGUGGCAUCCGGAUCGACGACCCCUGCUUCUUCCACGACACCAUUCCGGACUACCUGUUCUUCACGAGCCCCUCGAACUUCCGGUUCAACAACUUCGUCACCGAGCAAAUGGCCUGGGCCUGGAUCCUGUGGCUCCUGAGUCAGACCUGGAUCGCCCUGCACAUCUGGACGCCCAAGUGCGAACGUCUGGCCACCACCGAGAAGCUGUUCGUCCAGCCCAUGUACUCCUCGCUGCUGAUCGACCAGUCGAUGGCGCUCAACAGAAGGCGGGAUGAUCAGGCGGAUGUGAAACAGAGGUGAGUUAAACACUAGUACUUACUAGCCUGGUAACAAUACAAAACCUUUCCCUUUCAGGACCUCUCGGAGAUCGAGAAGGAAAAGGGCGACGAAUACUAUGAGACCAUAUCGGUGCACACGGACCGCUCCUCGGCACCCAAUAAGCCUUCCAUAAAGUCCUCGGACAACAUCACAAGGAUCUACUCCUGCGCCACCAUGUGGCACGAGACCAAGGACGAGAUGAUUGAGUUCUUGAAGAGCAUCAUGCGGAUGGACGAGGACCAGUGUGCUCGGCGUGUGGCGCAAAAGUAUCUUCGAGUGCUCGAUCCGGACUACUACGAGUUCGAAACCCACAUCUUCUUCGACGACGCCUUCGAAAUCUCCGAUCACAGCGACGACGACAUCCAGUGCAAUCGCUUUGUCAAACUUCUGAUCGCCACCAUGGACGAGGCUGCCUCCGAGAUCCACCAGACCACGAUCAGGCUGCGUCCGCCCAAGAAGUACCCCACUCCCUACGGAGGCCGUCUGGUGUGGACCCUUCCGGGAAAGACCAAGUUCAUCACCCAUUUGAAGGACAAGGAUCGCAUUCGUCACAGGAAGCGUUGGUCCCAGGUGAUGUACAUGUACUACCUGCUGGGUCACCGCCUCAUGGAACUGCAUUCGGUGGAUCGCAAGGAUGCGAUUGCCGAGAACACCUACCUACUCACCCUGGACGGCGAUAUUGACUUCAAGCCGAAUGCGGUCACCCUACUGGUGGACUUGAUGAAGAAGAACAAGAACCUGGGCGCCGCCUGCGGACGCAUUCAUCCCGUGGGCUCGGGACCCAUGGUGUGGUACCAGUUGUUCGAGUACGCCAUUGGUCAUUGGCUGCAAAAGGCCACGGAGCACAUGAUCGGCUGUGUGCUCUGUUCGCCAGGCUGCUUCUCCCUGUUCAGAGGCAAGGCCCUCAUGGACGACAACGUGAUGAAGAAGUACACCACCCGGUCGGACGAGGCUCGUCACUACGUGCAGUACGAUCAGGGCGAGGACCGUUGGCUCUGUACGCUGCUCCUGCAGAGGGGAUAUAGGGUGGAGUACUCGGCCGCCAGUGAUGCGUACACCCACUGUCCCGAGGGCUUCAACGAGUUCUACAACCAGCGCCGCAGAUGGGUGCCCUCGACCAUAGCCAACAUCAUGGAUCUGCUGGCGGAUGCCAAGCGCACCAUCAAGAUAAACGACAACAUAUCCCUGCUCUACAUCUUCUACCAGAUGAUGUUGAUGGGCGGUACGAUCCUGGGACCCGGAACCAUUUUCCUUAUGUUGGUGGGUGCCUUUGUGGCCGCCUUCCGCAUCGACAACUGGACCUCCUUCCACUACAACAUCGUGCCCAUCCUGGCCUUCAUGUUCAUCUGCUUCACCUGUAAGUCGAACAUCCAGUUGUUUGUGGCCCAGGUCCUGUCCACGGCAUACGCCCUGAUUAUGAUGGCCGUCAUCGUGGGUACGGCCUUGCAGUUGGGCGAGGACGGAAUAGGUUCGCCCUCGGCCAUUUUCCUGAUUUCCAUGGUGGGCUCGUUCUUCAUAGCCGCAUGUUUGCAUCCGCAGGAGUUCUGGUGCAUAACAUGCGGCCUGAUCUACCUGCUAUCGAUCCCGUCCAUGUACCUGCUGCUCAUCCUCUACUCGAUCAUCAACCUGAACGUCGUCUCUUGGGGCACCCGCGAGGUGGUGGCCAAGAAAACCAAGAAGGAGCUGGAGGCGGAGAAGAAGGCCACCGAGGAGGCCAAGAAGCGGGUGAAGCAGAAGAGCAUGCUCAGCUUCCUCCAGAGCGGGAUCGGGGACAAUGGUGACGAGGAGGGCUCCGUGGAGUUCUCCCUCGCCGGACUCUUCCGCUGCAUAUUCUGCACACACGGCAAGACCUCCGAUGAGAAGCAGCAGCUGACCUCCAUCGCCGAGUCGCUGGACACGAUCAAAACCCGGAUGGACACCAUCGAAAGUGCUGUGGAUCCCCAUGGCCAUCAUGCCUCUCGACACGGAAGGAGGCGAACCACCUCCAGUGGCUCCAAGGAUCACCACUUGCUCACCUCGGUGGCGGAGAAGUCGGGAGACGAAUCGGACGUGUCGGAUUCGGACACAUCGGCGGAACCCAAGCAGGAGCGAGACUUCCUUACCAACCCGUACUGGAUCGAGGAUCCGGAUGUGCGCAAGGGCGAGGUGGACUUCCUCUCCAGCACCGAAAUUCAGUUCUGGAAGGAUCUCAUUGACCAGUAUCUCUAUCCCAUCGACAACGAUCCAGUGGAGCAGGCCCGCAUAGCCAAAGAUCUGAAGGAGCUGCGCGACUCGUCGGUGUUUGCGUUCUUCAUGAUCAACGCGCUGUUCGUGCUGAUCGUGUUCCUGCUGCAGCUGAACAAGGACAACAUCCACGUGAAGUGGCCCUUCGGAGUGCGGACGAACAUCACCUACGACGAGUCCACCCAGGAGGUCCACAUCUCCAAGGAGUAUCUGCAGCUGGAACCCAUUGGCUUGGUGUUCGUGUUCUUUUUUGCCCUCAUUCUGAUCAUUCUUACGGCCAUGUUGUUCCAUCGCUUCGGGACCAUUUCGCAUAUCUUGGCCUCAACUGAACUGAACUUCUGCAAGAAGAAAUCCGAGGAUCUCACACAGGAUCAACUAAUAGAUAAGCAUGCCGUGGAGAUCGUUAAGAACUUGCAGAGGCUUCAGGGCAUCGAUGGGGACUACGACAAUGAUUCCGGUUCCGGGCCAGAUCGCAUAGCCAGGCGAAAGACCAUCCAAAAUCUGGAGAAGGCGAGGCAACCGCGUCGCCAAAUCGGCACCCUGGAUGUGGCUUUCAAAAAGAGGUUCCUGAAACUCACUGCCGAUGCGGAAAACAAUCCAGCCACGCCCAUUCUCACCCGCCGCCUCACAAUGCGAGCCGAGACAAUCAGGGCACUGGAGGUGCGGAAAAAUUCGGUGAUGGCCGAGAGACGGAAGUCCGCCAUGCAGACAUUGGGUGCCAAAAACGAGUAUGGGAUUACCACAGGUGCACCGAUCAACAACAAUGGAGCCCUUCCCAAUCAAAGAAGUGGCCGCGUUUCGAAUGCCGGCAUCAGCAUCAAGGAUGUAUUUAAUGUAAACGGAGGUGCUGCAGAGCAAAUUUACGGCUCGAAUGGGGGCGGCACGAUCAACCAGGGCUACGAGCACGUGAUAGACGAGGACGGCGACGGCAACUCCCUGCGGCUGACCACCCGGAAUCCGCACCCGCACCACCAGGUUUCCUGGGGACAGAACACCAACGGCGGCAACGGAACCGGUCGCCUGUGAGCUAGCCCUUACAUCCUAGACAUAGUGCUAAGCUAGACCUACAUAGACCUAGAGAACUUGUUAACGAAUUCCGCCUCUUUCCAUAAACUGCCUAAACGUAAGACUAAGCCCACACCUAGAGUUGUAGUCAGGACGAGAUUGUGUUGUAUAGUGUGUAAAUUAGGGACGCGAGAGAGAGAUUCCGGACGUGGAAGGAUCCUGACGACACGAGGAACAUUAUGCUUAGCUAAUCACACUGCCAGUGCCGAUGUGCGUUUGUGCGUGGGCAGAUGCAGAUUAAUCGGUUGCCCACGGCGGCAACCACAUUCAUACGAUGUACUAUACUAUCAUUUGUUAGGCUACAUUUAAGUCAAUCCCCGUGUGGAUCCAUCUGGACACACGACCAGUGCAUGCUGACACAAAAUACUCAACGCGAAGCUGAUUCCGCUGAUUGCAGCUGAGAGAUGACCUAUUUAUAAAUUCGACAUUACGAAGAUGCAUAGUUCUCUUUAAAUAAUUAAUAACUUACAAUUUGAUGGAUUGUACAACUUUGAUACGACAAUUAAAUACAAAUAUCGAAUGAAA